UCGGAAGCCGCAGGAAGGAGAGAAGGGAUCCAAAUCAGUAAUAGGAUAUUUGUUCUUUUGUCGAUCGUUUGGGAUUUGAUUUGAUUUAGGUUGAUUCUCGAGGAAGAGGGAUCGGCUUUUCUUUAAUCCCUUCCUUUGUUGUGUUCCGUGCGGCUCUUUUUAUGAUGCCCUGCUGUUCUUCGUCGCUUGGAUCGCGGAUUCGAUCGUGGCUCCGCGACUACGAUUGCCUCCAGUCUGUCGCCGUCGUCCUCAUCUACGUCCAAAUUGGGUGUGCACUGGUCGGAUCGCUUGGGGCCUUGUUCAAUGGAGUGUUGCUGAUCAAUCUGGUGGUGGCGCUAUUUGCUCUAGUUGCGAUUGAGAGCAGUAGUCAGAUCCUUGGGAGGACUUACGCUGUGCUUCUCGUUUUCUCUAUCCUGCUUGACGUCGCGUGGUUCAUACUUUUCUCCCACACGAUAUGGAACAUGACUCCUGAUCAGAAGUUUGGGCCACUGUUUGUCUUCUCACUCAGGCUUGCUUUAUGGAUGGAGAUCAUUGGCUUUUCAGUGAGGUUUUUGUCUUCAUUCUUAUGGAUUCAGAUGUAUAGACUGGGGGUUUCAACUGUGGACAGUACUAUCCACCAUGUAGAUUACAGUGUGAGAAAUAGCUUUGUGAACCCUUCAACACAAAUAACUAGGCAGAACUCCACUUCUGAUGAGAUCUUGGGAGGUGCCAUUUAUGAUCCGUCUUAUUACUCCUCGCUUUUUGAGGAUACUCAAGACAAACAAUGCCUUCCUGAGGAUGACAAUCAGAAUGUUCAUGAUAGUCACUCUUCUUCAGAAAUUGAAGCUCCAAAACUUAAAUCAUGCAUUAGUAGAUCUUUUCAAGUCAUAGAUGUUGAUAAUGCUCUAAGAAAGCCCCUAUUGCAAUGAUUCAUUUCUAUACAUGAUCGACCACAUUUCAGCAUUCAUUUUACCCCUUUACUUUACAGUUGCCCCUUCUUUUUGGAACAAUGGGCAUUUUUCUGUUAGAACGCAAGCAGUCUCUUGCAAAUACAUAGGUGCUGUACUAUGGAUACCUUGC